AUGCUGUUGUCACAGAAGCCAAUGCGGUAUGGCCACACAGAGGGACACACUGAUGUCUGCUUUGAUGACACUGGGAGCUGCAUUGUAACUUGUGGCAGUGAUGGAGAUGUUAGGAUUUGGGCAAACCUGGAUGAUGAUGAUCCAAAGUCCAUUAAUGUGGGAGAUAAGGCCUACUCCUGUGCUCUAAAGAAUGGAAAACUGAUCACAGCAGUCUCCAACAACACUGUGCAGGUACACACAUUUCCCGAGGGAGAUCCGGAUGGAAUCCUUACUCGUUUCACCAUGCACGUGAACCACGUCACCUUUAACAAUGAUGGUACCAAAGUAGCUGCUGGAUCCAGUGACUUUAUGAUCAAAGUUGUGGAGGUGAGUGACAGCAGCAAGCAGAAAACGUUCCGAGGACACGAGGCUCCUGUUUUGAGCCUGUCUUUUGACCCCCAGGGUGUUUACCUGGCAUCGGCAAGCUGUGAUGGUUCUGUCAGAGUCUGGAAGAUUGCAGAUCAGACAAUCACAACAAGCUGGCUGCUGCUGCAGAAGUGUAAUGAUGUGAUAAAUGCUAAAUCAAUCUGCAGGCUUGGCUGGCAACCUGGCACUGGGAAGCUGCUGGCAGUUCCUGUAGAGAACGUUGUCAAACUCUACAGAAGAGAAACCUGGGAGACUAAAUUUGACCUAUCAGAUACCUCCAUCAAACAGCCCCUGAAUGUUGUGGCUUGGUCUCCUUGUGGGCAGUAUCUGGCAGCUGGAAGUGUGGCUGGAAGUAUAGUGGUGUGGAAUGUGGAAACCCAGGAGUGCAUAGAGAGGAUGAAGCAUGAGAAAAGUUACACUAUUUGUGGACUGGCCUGGCACCCUAAACAUAAGCAAAUUGCUUACACAGAUACUGAAGGAAAUCUGGGAUUGUUGGAGAAUGUUGGUGAUGGAAAGAAGCCAAAUGACAAGGCCACCAGUGCAGUGACCAAGGACUACAACGAUCUCUUUGAUGGGGAAGAUGAUGACUAUUUAAAUGGAGACAUGAUUGAACCACAGUCUUCUCCAAGGGCUGGAGCUAAUGAAGAUGAUGAUGACCCAAUGCCAACUUCAGGCCAUCUGAGACGAGCAAUAUUUGAUGAUGAUGAUGAUGAUGAUAACAACUCACUAGAUAUUGGGUUGAUAAAAGCUAGUUCCACUGUUCUUGAAAAGGAGGAUGAUGGGGAUGAUCCCACUGGUGGCUUUCCAGCUUUGCCACCAUCAUCUAUACAACAGCCUUUCUAUGAUGGGCCAAUGCCAACCCCCAGGCAAAAGCCCUUCCAGUCUGGCUCCACUCCUGCACAUCUCAUGCAUCGAUUCAUGGUAUGGAAUUCUGUUGGCAUCAUUCGCUGUUACAAUGAUGAGCAAGACAAUGCCAUAGACAUAGAGUUCCAUGAUACCUCCAUCCAUCAUGCAACUCACCUGCCAAACUCUCUGAAUCACACCAUGGCUGACCUCUCCACUGAAGCUGUUUUGUUGGCCUGUGAGAGCACAGAGGAACUUGCAAGCAAACUCCACUGCAUUCAUUUUGGCUCAUGGGAUGCCAACAAGGAGUGGACUGUGGACAUGCUGAAGGAUGAAGACAUUGAGGCUAUCUGUCUAGGUCAAGGCUGGGCUGCUUGUGCCACCAGUGCCUUGCUAGUUCGUGUGUUCACAGUUGGAGGAGUUCAGAAAGAGAUCUUCAGUCUCCCAGGCCCAGUGGUGUCCAUGGCAGGACAUGGAGAGCAGCUGAUGGUUAUUUAUCACAGAGGUACUGGAUUUGAUGGGGACCAGUGCCUUGGGGUACAGCUAAUGGAGCUAGGAAAGAAGAAGAAACAGAUUUUACAUGGAGACCCUCUUUCUCUAACAAGGAAAUCCUAUUUGGUAUGGGUUGGCUUCUCUGCAGAAGGUACUCCCUGUUAUGUGGAUUCUGAGGGAAUCGUGCGGAUGCUGCACCGAGGGCUCGGGAACACUUGGAUUCCUGUGUGUGACAUGAGACAGCAUUGCAAAGGACAGUCUGAUCAUUACUGGGUCGUUGGCAUCCAUGAAAAUCCCCAGCAGCUCAGGUGUAUUCCUUGUAAAGGAGCUCGAUUCCCUCCCACGCUGCCACGACCUGCUGUAGUAAUAUUGUCCUUUCAGCUUCCUUACUGUCAAGUCACAACAGAAAAGGGACAGAUGGAGGAACAGUACUGGCGUUCAGUUGUAUUUCACAACCACAUGGAUUACCUAUUGAAAAAUGGCUAUGAGUAUGAUGAAAAUGCUAAAAAUCAGGCAGUGAAAGAGCAGCAAGAACUUUUGAUGAAGCUGUUUGCUCUUUCUUGUAAACUGGAGCGUGAAUUUCGCUCUGUGGAACUUGCUGACCUCAUGACACAGAAUGUUGUGAGUUUAGCUAUCAAAUAUGCUUCUCGCUCCCGGCGGCUAAACUUAGCUCAGCGCCUCAGCGAGAUGGCUGCGGAAAAAGCAAGUGAGUUGGCAACAGCACAGGAAGAUGAAGAGGAGGAAGAGGAUUUCCGAAGGCACUUGAGUGCUGGUUACAGCAGUUCUGCCACGGAGUGGAGUCGACUGCCAGUCAGGAAUGUUCAAAAAAAAGAAAUGGAUGAGGAAACUGAUGCCUGUGAGGAAGCAGAAGAAACCCCAGAAGUGCAUAAACAGAGGCCAAAUCCUUUCUCCAGAAGUGUCACUUCAGCAGAGAUGACUACUCCGAAGUCUGUUCUAGUUGCAUCAAGCAGCCAAGGACGAGUGAAUCCAUUCAAGGUGUCAUCCAACAAAAAGGACCCAGUGGUUCCCUCAGCAAAUGUCCUAGAUACUAUGAGCAGAUACUCAAAGAAAACAUCUUUGGCUAGUGGUAGAGCUGGAAACAAGCAGAACCCUCCAGUUAUAAAGCCUCUGAUUCCCAAACCCAAGUCCAAGCAGGCUUUAGCAGCCUCCUUCUUCCAGCCUCGUACACCUACACCUAACCCUAGUGAAAAACCAGUGGAAGAAAGAGAAGAAAAAGAAGAAAGAGAAGAAAAAGCAGAAAAUGUGUCUCAUGAAGUCAAAGUCACUGUACAGGAGACCACGGCGAACAGGAGACCAAGGACAGGUUUCCAGAUGUGGCUAGAAGAGCACAGAGCAAACAUUUUGGCAGAUAAUCCGGAUCUGAACGAAGCAGCUAUAAUAAAAGAAGGCAUGAGUCGGUUUAGCAUGUUGACCUCAGAGGAAAGGAUGGCAUGGACUCAGAAAGCCAGAGGAGGAGCAGUUAAUGAUUCAGCAGAAGAUAAGAAGAGAAAGCAUCCCACAGAUGCUGAAGAGGAAGUGAAUAAUCACCAGGAGCAAAACUCAGAGGACACGAAUGUCUCCAAAAAGCCCAAGCCUUUAGAUCAAUCCACAAAUGUCAGAUUGUCAGCUUUUGCCUUCAAGCAGAGCUAA